AUGAGGAAGAUGGUGGCCAAGUCUGUGGCCCAUCCCAGCUACGACCCCACCACCAAGGACAACGACAUCAUGUUGCUGAAGCUCCUCAGCCCCGUCACCUUCACCGAGAGGAUCCAGCCCAUCCCCGUGGCCUCUUGCCUGGCCCAGCCCGGCACCACCUGCACCACCUCGGGAUGGGGGGCGACCACCUCCCCAGAAGUCACCUACCCCGAGGUCCUGCAGUGCGUCAACGUCACCAUCUUCUCCAGCAGCGCCUGCCAGCGCUGGUACCCGGGCUCCAUCACCCCCAACAUGGUCUGCGCAGGGAACCUGGAGGGGGGCAGGGACUCCUGCCAGGGAAGGGGUGACUCUGGAGGACCCUUGGUCUGCAACGGGAACCUCCAAGGCAUCGUCUCUUGGGGCAUGGAGAUCUGUGGGCAACCCAAGAGACCUGGGGUCUACACCAAGGUCUGCAGGUACUUCAAGUGGAUCCAGGAGACCAUGCAGGACAACCAAUGA